GCCGUCAAAGGGGGCGGGAAGUGCACUACGUAGACGGCUACGAGAAUUACAGCUGCUCGUGCCGGAGGCGUAAGCCGUGGGACUUUGCUCCUGUCCUGCCGCCGCCAUGGCUGCCCCGGGGCCGGUACGGCUCCUCAGGGCCGCCGCUGCCGCUUCCUCCCGUCGCUGGCUCUUCACCGCCCCGCCGACAGCCGGGACGAGGCCAGUCUGCGGCAGCGGCGCCGCUACCGUGAGGGCAGCCCGGCUCUUCAGCCUUUCUGCCCGGGCGGUGCUCAGCUCAGAAGAUAAAAUAACUGUUCAUUUCAUAAAUCGUGAUGGUGACAAACUAACAGCCAAAGGAAAACUUGGAGAUUCUCUGCUGGAUGUUGUUGUUGAUAAUAAUCUAGACAUAGAUGGUUUUGGUGCAUGUGAAGGAACGCUAGCCUGUUCAACUUGUCAUUUAAUCUUUGAAGACCACAUAUUUGAGAAACUAGAUGCAAUUACUGAUGAAGAGAUGGACAUGCUGGACCUGGCAUAUGGCCUCACAGACACAUCACGUCUGGGCUGCCAAAUCUGCCUGAAGAAAUGGAUGGCUGAUAUGACUGUUAGAGUACCAGAAGCUGUGGCUGAUGUUAGACAAUCAGUAGACAUGAGUAAAAACUCCUAAAAGGAAACACCAUAGGGGUUCUAAAGAAGCUUAAUUAUUUUUAUAACUUAUUUUUAAAUGUGUAAUUAAAUAUGGGAACUUA